AUGCCGACGCGCGCAAUAAAAGCCAUUUUCUAUACGCGCUUCCACCAUGAAAAGGGGAACCGCGUACUCCACCAAGUCCCUCCGGGAGCCAUAAUACCCUCUACCCUACCCUCCGCCUUGACUACACCACUGUUUCCCUUCUCCUCUGUCACCCAGUAUCUCAUACCCACACAGCAGUUCUGCGACCGCCUGCUCACCUUUUGCGUAAAUCACCACCGCGUUAUUGGCUAUCCAGUCUGCAUACGAGAAGGUAAAUACAGUAGGAAUGAAUUCAUCUUCAACUUUGCUAUUGUGAUUGGCGAGAACGAACGCGACUGGGCGUGCUAUGGGGAAGUGGCGCGAAAGCUGGGACGGCUGCUAAGGGGAUUGGAAGAACAAGGUGGAUUUCUGAGCAAAGAAGAGGUUGGCGUCUGGGACGAUGAUGGAGGUACUAUCGACGCAGGCCUAGACAAUGGUGUUUAUGGAUUUGGAGUAGGUGGUGGAAGCAAAGUGUAUGCGCUGUGUGAAAUGGUGCUGGAGGAUCUGAAUAACUAUGCCGAAUGCAUGAUACCAAUUGACGACUCCAACACGAUCAACCUGAAGUUAUUUCCUACACGGCCCCCUCCACCACCCAUCCUCGCCCACCAAGUCCCAUUGCUCACAAUCUCCCUAUCAAGUCUACAACAACCCGUAUCAUCAGAUCUUACACUAAACCGGAUCCUCCCAUAUAUCAACGGCAUCAACUCGAUAGCGCACAUUGCACAACUUGCAGAUACCGAUCUCUCGUUGACACGGAAAGCGAUCCAGCAUUUGGUAUAUUAUGGAUGUCUGGUAUUGUUGGAUAUUUUCAGUUUUGGGGCAAUCUAUGCACCGACAGCAGAGAUCGGUGGUUUCAUUGUAGAUGCAGAGGUAAAGGACGAAUGUAUGCGCUAUGUCAGGGUGCCGAGGAUGAAGCUGGGCCCUAACGCGAAAUCCGUCUGGAUGGAUAGCGAGUCUACAGAUCUGAGCCAAGACGGGCGCAGUUCCAUCUCUUCUUCUUCUGCAUCACAGCUCAGCGAAGCGGUAGGGUCUACGCUCAAGAUUUCGGAAUUCGAUGCCCAAAUUGCAGCACAGAAGAAAGAAGAGGAAGAGGAAAAAGCCAUACAGACCAGCCAUGAGACCCUGAUUACACUAUACACUUCACUGCGCCAGGGCUUAACGCUAAAGAACUGGGUACUGGAGAAUCUGGACCUCCUCUCUGGCAUCGACGUGCGCCGUCUCAUCACCUUUGGCGUCAUCAAAGGCUUCCUCUACCGCGUACACAAAUACGCAAUCGCGACAUCGUCUACUCUCCCACCCGCACCCCCGACCAGCCUACAAACAAGCACAGCCACUUCUCUCGCCAACCUCCGCGACUCGGACACCACCACCAUCCGCGGCACCGACCGCAUCCACUAUGCUUCUCAGCCUAGUAUCCACCACCAUCAUCACCCGUCCUUCUCCAUCCACAAACCCAGCAUCGCAUCCAUCACGCCUCAGCACCUCCAACAGCAACAACAAUCGAGUCCGCACCACCUUGGCGCGCCCAAAACCGAUGACGCUCACCAUCAGCUUCUGCAUAAUAGCGGGAUCAUUGAUGAGCGCGACACGAGCGGCCUGCCUUUACUCAAGUUCCUGGAUGGCAUGCAUUGCUUUGAUGAGAUUUGUACCGACUUGGGACUUGCGGAGCGUGUGGUCGAGGGCAAGAUAAGGGGAAUGGGUGAUGGGGCGGGUGUUGUGGUACAUAGGUAG